AUGGCAGCGCCCAGUCCCCUCAGCCCUGCGGGGCGGCAGGCGCCAGAGGCACAGGCCAGCCUCGGAUGGCGGCUGCCUGGCUGCCCACGGCUGCCCGAGGCACAGGGGCCGGGACGGCGGCCGAGGCUUCGGGGAGGAGCCCCCGGACGUCACAGAGGCGGGCGGGUCCCCGCCAGGAGGGCGGGGCGGGGCGGGCGGGCGCGGAGGCCCCGCCUCGGGGGCGGGAACGGACCGCGGCGCCGACCCGCAGCCGGAACCGGGCCGCGGAGGCUGGAGGAGCGGCCCGUUCGUCCCCUGUCCGUCCUCACGGCCGCCGCCGCGAUGCUCGCCCGGAUCUGCGGGCCCGUCCGCGGGGCUCUCCGCCGGCAGUUACACACUGUCUACCAGUCCGUGGACCUGCCCGAGACACACCAGAUGCUGCGCCAGACCUGCCGGGACUUUGCUGAGAAGGAGCUGUUUCCCAUCGCGGCCGAGAUAGACAAGGAACACCGCUUCCCAGCGGCUCAGGUGAAGAAGAUGGGCGGGCUCGGGCUCCUGGCCAUGGACGUGCCGGAGGAGCUGGGUGGCGCCGGCCUCGAUUACCUGGCCUAUGCCAUCGCCAUGGAGGAGAUCAGCCGGGGCUGUGCCUCCACCGGCGUCAUCAUGAGUGUCAACAAUUCCCUCUACUUGGGGCCCAUCAUGAAGUUUGGCUCCAAGGAGCAGAAGCAGAAGUGGGUCACGCCAUUCACCAGCGGCGACAAGAUUGGCUGCUUUGCCCUCAGCGAGCCAGGCAAUGGCAGCGACGCGGGAGCCGCAGCCACCUCCGCCCGGGCAGAGGGUGACUCCUGGGUCCUGAAUGGCACCAAAGCCUGGAUCACCAACUGCUGGGACGCCUCGGCCACUGUGGUCUUUGCCAGCACCGACAGGUCCCUGCACCACAAGGGCAUCAGUGCCUUCCUGGUUCCCAUGCCAACGCCCGGGCUCUCGCUGGGGAAGAAGGAAGACAAGCUGGGCAUCCGGGCCUCGUCCACCGCCAACCUCAUCUUUGAGGACUGUCGCAUCCCCAGGGAGAACCUGCUGGGGGAGCUGGGGAUGGGCUUCAAGAUAGCCAUGCAAACCCUGGACAUGGGCCGCAUUGGCAUCGCCUCCCAGGCACUGGGCAUCGCCCAGGCCGCCCUGGACUGUGCUGUGAACUAUGCCGAGAAUCGCAAGGCCUUUGGGGCGCCCAUCACCAAGCUCCAGGGCAUCCAGUUCAAGUUGGCGGACAUGGCCCUGGCCCUGGAGAGUGCCCGGCUGCUGACCUGGCGCGCUGCCAUGCUGAAGGACAACAAGAAGCCUUUCACCAAGGAGGCAGCGAUGGCCAAGCUGGCUGCAUCGGAGGCCGCGACUGCCAUCAGCCACCAGGCCAUUCAGAUCCUGGGUGGCAUGGGCUACGUGACAGAGAUGCCGGCCGAGCGGCACUACCGUGACGCCCGCAUCACCGAGAUCUACGAGGGCACCAGUGAGAUCCAGAGGCUGGUCAUCGCGGGCCACCUGCUCAAGAGCUACCGGAGCUGAGCCCAGGGCCGGCCACGCCCAGCCCGUGGCUGCGGACCUGACUGUGGGAAGGACUCCACAGGGGCCAGGCCACCGCCCAGCCCUCAUGGUGUGGCCCCAGACCCACCUGCUGGCAGCCCUGGGGAAGGCGAGGCGAGGGGCUGUGCCCUGCGUGAGGACUCCGCCCCAGGCUCUGUCCUGUCGCUCCCCCUCACCACGUGCCUUAUUCUUCAUGGGGGGACGGCCUCCUGAAGGCAGGGCCGCGGGAAGGACUGUGGCCACUGGGGGCGCCCUGGUUGCCGCGGGCCCAGGUGCUCAGCAGGAGGCCAGGAGGGCCUGGGACUGCAGCGGCAGCUCCCCCCCACCCCCAGGUCAGGGGUCCGGAGGAGUGGGUGGGGCUGGAGUCACUUCAGAGCAGCAGGAGCCGACAGAGGAGUCAGGUGGGUGGGACAGGGUGGGAACUGAGAGCAAUAAAGCGGACCUGUCCGAGCCGUGUCCUUGCCUGUGAGGUUGCCUGUGAACUGCCGGAGGCAGAUGCUCCUUCCCACGGCUUUCUGACCAGCGCGUCCGCCUGUCGCAGGAGGGCCUGGCCGCCCGGAGAG